AUGGCAUUGACAGGGAAAGACAAGCUGAUCCCUCAUGCCCUGGAUGGCAUCACCAGCAACAUCUUGGUGCAGGACCUGGCCUUGGCAUGGCCAUUUGCAGAGAUUGCAGCCAAGGCAUGUUUCCCAUACAAGCCAGAGGUGGUGGAGCUGUAUUGCAACCACAUUUUUGUCAACUACAAUUGCCUCUUUGACUCCAAAUACCUGUCAACCAUCAUGAGCAAGCACAGCCUUGCCAUCAUGCACUUUGGGCUGACCAUCAACUUGUGGCAACACAUCCAAACAGCAUGGAAACAAAAACUUGGCUGUGCAGUGGAGGAUGUGAUAGAGAUGGACAGGGAUGACAAUGUGGAAGCCCUGCAGGCAGGCCAUAAAGCUCUGGCUGGAGCUGCAGAGGAUAUGCUACCUGCAUACCUCAAUGCCAGCAUGGAAUGGAAAAGGCACUGCCAGGUGCCAGUCAGUGGCCAGUCAGCAUCAUACAAGACUGCAUGGACACAUGUGCCAUCCCCACCCCCACCUGCACCAGAGCCAAGGGGAAAACAAGCAAUCCAAAAGGCCAUGGUAGAUGCAGUGGUGGCCAAACUGCCAUCCACAGAUGAGAUUGCCACCAAGGUGCUUCGAUCCACCACAGGAGGCCCAUUGGAGAGGACAGAUGAAGGAAAAGGGAAGGAGAGGGAGAAAGAGCAAGGGCAGAGCACCAGUCAUGGUUGGUAA